CCCCUGGUUUUCCGCUUGACGUGGCAACCUCCCGUUGGUUAGCCUAGCGGCGAACGCGGCACGGUUACCCAUCGCAUUAAAUGCGAUGGGUAUAUAUAUCCGAAGAGAAGGUGAGAGGUUCUCACUUCUCCUCGUUUCUUCUCCACUUUUCUCUCAAAACUCUUUGAAUCUUCAAAGUGUUCUUCGUCUUCUUCAAGAUUUCUUCAAAUCUUCAAACUUUCUUCAAGCCUUUUUUCCAGAUCUUCUUAAAAACAUGAGUGAAGAACACCAAGGGGCUCCUGUUAAUGAGGAGGGGCCGGUUCCUGUCCUUAGAUGGGACUUAGGUCUAUUCGAACAGAUUGUUCGUAGUUUUAGAUUCCCACCGGAGUGGGAUGCCCGGUAUCCGGCUCAGGGCCAGACCGCGGCUGAUGCACCACCCGGUUAUAUCACCCUUUAUGAAGACUUUUUUCUUCAAGGGAACUUCCGACUGCCGGCGACCAAUUUUCUGGGCAGUAUUCUCUCUUUACUAUAACUUCCAUAUAUCCCAGAUGAGCCCACCUGGGAUGGUGAGGGUGCGGCACUUCGAAUUCCUGUGCCGGUCUCAUGGCAUUGAGCCAUCGGUAGAUAAGUUUCGUGCUUUCUACCAGUUGCAGAGAACGAUGGGGUUCUUCUCGUUUGCGAGCCGAGGUGCGGCGAAGAAGAUUCUGCUGAAUCCUCCUAAGAGUUUCCACGAUUGGAAACCCAAGUUCUUCUUCAUCAGGGAAGAAGUUUUGCCAAUCGCCAUGCCUUUUAGGGAAUGGACUGAGGCCAUACCCAAGGAAGAUCUCCCGAUCCCGAAGACUGCUCGGUGGUACCAGCAGCUAACCCCAACCCCUAACCGGGUGUUUGGGGAAAGUGUUUUGGUUGCUGCUAAGAUGAGUGACCAGUGGUCACCUAGCAGCAAGGAGGUUCCGGUCUUGAAGAUCGGUGAUCAAGAAGCGCAACUCUAUCAAGCUGCCUUCUCCACGUUUGGUGGCUCCAUGGGCGUUCGCCCAGUGCGCGAUGAUGAAGAAAGCUGGUAUGACCAGAUUAAAGGAAACUUCAUGUUUCCAGCUGCUGAUGCUUUCGCUUCGCCGCCAACUACUACUAAAGGUGCGCAAUACCCAAAACCUCGUCCAUUGCGCUCUGUGACUCUCGCUGGGAAAGAAACUUUCUAUCUUUCCAGCGAGGAGUCUGUAGGUUCUUCCAACGGCGAGCUAAGCUCUUGGUCUGAAAUCUUUGCAGGUGUGUUGCGCGACCUGGGGAUUGACCCCGAGGAGAAGAAGAAAAAGCCGGUGAAGAAGAAGAAGAAGGUGGAGCCUGAGGUGACCAGUAAGGGCACCGGCCCUAGUCGCGCAACAUCUGCUGCUGUCAAAGCUAAGGGGAAAACUGGUGCUGGUGGGUCGAAAAGUUCUGGGAGCGCGGGUUCUCGCAACCCUGAAGCUGGCGCGACUCCGUCUUUCCCAGAGGAUGAAGAAGUAGAAGAGGAAGAUGCUGGUGCCCGGCUUAUUGGGCGGAAGAGGGGUAGGAGCGAAGCCACGACUGGUGUGGCUUCCGCCCCUACGUCUGCUGUGAUUCCCGUUGUUGGGAAAACGAUUCUUCGCUUCUCUUCUUAA